AGUGUGCGGGUCCCGAGUGUGACUGGUUUCCGGCCGGUGGUGCCGCACCGGCUGCCCGGAGACGUGUAACGGACGGUGGGCCGCAGCCAUGGCUGACAGAAAACCUAACGGUGGCGGCGGUGCCGCUUCCAUGUCCUCGUCGGGUACCAAUCUGCUCUUCUCAUCCUCGGCCACGGAGUUCAGCUUCAACGUGCCCUUCAUCCCCGUCACCCAAGCCGCCGCUGCCUCGGCCUCCUUGCUCCUGCCCGGAGGGAAAAAGAACAUUCAAAAGAACGUAAAAAUAGCAGAGGAUUCCACAGAUGUUGGUGAGGAGGACAGCUUCCUUGGUCAGACUUCUGCUCACACAUCCACCCCACAGACAUUUAGCUAUUUCUCUCAGGUAUCAAGCAGUAGUGACCCUUUUGGGACUAUUGGACAGUCACCGUUAACAACCGCAGCCACAUCAGCUGGACAGUCAGCAUUCUCUAAGCCCCCAGCUGCUCUCCCUUUUACCACUGGAUCCCAAGACGUGUCGAAUGCUUUUCCACCAUCGGUUUCGAAGGCUCAGUAUGGUGCUCCACCUUCUUCACAGAUGGGAAUAAAUACUUACCUGCCUUCUCAGCCAAGUAGCCUCCCUCCUUCAAAUUUUGGGAGCCCACCCCAAGGAAUACCCCAACAAGGAUAUAAUCCUUAUCGCCAUACUCCUGUAAGCAGCAGAGCUAAUCCUUACAUUACACCACCACAGCUGCAACAGUGCCAAACACCAGGCCAUCCCACCCAUCCUCCACCCUCUGGAUCCCCUGUUCAGGUGUACCAGAUGCCUCCAGGAUCUUUGCCACCGGUUCCUCCUUCAGUGCAGUCAGGGUUGUCCCCUCCACAACAGCAGGCACUUGCUAGACCUGUGGGUUCCUCUGUGCAAGUGCCACCUCCUUUUAUACUUCAAAACCAAUAUGAACCUGUUCAGCCCCACUGGUUUUACUGCAAGGAGGUAGAAUACAAACAACUGUGGAUGCCUUUCAGCAUGUUUGACUCUCUGAAUCUUGAAGAAGUCUAUAAUUCAGUCCAGCCAGACCCCGAGAGUGUGGUUCUGGGCACGGACGGAGGGCGCUACGACGUUUACCUCUAUGACCGAGUGAGGAAGGCUGUGUACUGGGAAGAGGAGCCAGCCGAAGUGAGACGCUGUACCUGGUUUUACAAAGGGGACACAGAUAGCAGGUUUAUUCCCUAUACAGAGGAGUUCAGUGAGAAACUAGAGGCUGAAUAUAAAAAAGCUGUAACCACGAAUCAGUGGCACCGCAGAUUGGAGUUUCCAAGUGGAGAGACAAUUGUCAUACACAAUCCCAAGGUUAUCGUUCAGUUCCAGCCUUCAUCAGUGCCAGAUGAAUGGGGGACCACACAAGAUGGACAGACAAGGCCCAGGGUUGUGAAGCGUGGAAUCGAUGAUAACCUUGAUGAGAUUCCUGAUGGGGAGAUGCCUCAAGUUGACCAUUUGGUGUUCAUGGUACAUGGCAUUGGACCUGUGUGUGACUUGCGCUUUAGAAGCAUUAUUGAAUGUGUGGAUGAUUUUAGGGUGGUUUCUCUCAAAUUGCUCCAGACCCAUUUCAAGAAAUCUUUAGACGAUCAGAAAAUAAGCAGAGUGGAGUUCCUUCCGGUUCACUGGCAUAGUUCCCUGGGUGGGGAUGCCACUGGUGUCGACAGGAAUAUUAAGAAAAUCACUUUACCAAGUAUUGGUCGUUUUCGUCACUUUACCAAUGAAACCUUGCUAGAUAUUUUAUUUUACAACAGCCCCACCUACUGUCAGACCAUUGUGGAAAAAGUGGGAAUGGAGAUAAACCGUCUGCAUGCACUCUUUAUGAGUCGGAACCCAGACUUCAAAGGAGGGGUCUCUGUUGCUGGUCACAGUUUAGGUUCUUUAAUAUUGUUUGACAUCCUGUCUAAUCAGCAAGAUUUGACUUUAUCCAAGUCUUCCGAGGCUUUUGCUGUUGCUAAUGGAGCUGUGAAACAGCCACAUUUUCAGGAAAAGCAGAUGUCUGAAGAGCCAAAGCUGAUAUUGGAUGAGUCUUGUGACCUUGAUGUUGAAAAUGAAGAAGUCCUAACUUUGCAAGAAACUCUGGAAGCACUUAGCCUCUCUGAAUAUGUUAGCACUUUUGAAAAGGAAAAGAUCGAUAUGGAAUCUCUGCUUAUGUGUACUGUUGACGACUUGAAGGAAAUGGGAAUACCCCUGGGACCCAGAAAGAAGAUAGCUAACUUCGUAAAACAUAAAGCAGUCAAACUGGAACAGAAAAAAGCAGCAUCAGAAAAGAAGGCAGUGAUGGCGGCUUCGACGAAAGGACCAGAGGAGAGCGCGCAGAAAGCUAAGGAAGUGGCUUCUCUCCCCUUGGAGUCUAACGAGACCAAGAGGAGGCCCCCGGUGGGGGCUCGCGUUUCUUCGGUGCGUGUCGACUAUGAGUCCUUCGCAGUCGGCACCGGACAGGUUUCCGUUGUUUACAGCUCAUUAGAUUUUGAACCAGAGAUUUUCUUUGCAUUGGGAUCUCCAAUUGGUAUGUUUCUCACUAUUCGAGGAGUGGAUCGGAUAGAUGAGAAUUACAGGCUUCCUACCUGUAAGGGAUUCUUCAAUAUUUAUCAUCCACUUGAUCCAGUGGCAUAUAGAUUGGAACCUAUGAUUGUUCCAGAUUUGGAUCUAAAAGCAGUUCUCAUUCCACAUCACAAAGGCAGAAAAAGACUUCAUUUAGAGUUGAAAGAAAGUCUCUCGCGCAUGGGAUCUGAUUUGAAGCAGGGUUUUAUUAGCUCUCUGAAAAGUGCUUGGCAGACAUUAAAUGAGUUUGCCCGUGCUCAUACCUCUUCAACUCAAUUGCAAGAAGAAUUGGAGAAGGUAGCCAAUCAAAUCAAAGAAGAAGAAGAAAAGCAAGUAGUUGAAGCAGAAAAGAUUGUUGAAAGUCCAGAUUUUUCCAAGGAUGAGGACUACUUAGGAAAGGUUGGAAUGCUAAACGGAGGUCGUCGAAUUGACUACGUUCUUCAAGAAAAGCCGAUAGAGAGUUUUAAUGAAUACCUUUUCGCUCUUCAGAGUCAUUUAUGCUAUUGGGAAUCUGAAGAUACUGCCUUGUUAUUACUUAAAGAGAUUUAUCGAACAAUGAACGUUAGUCCAGAACAGCCCCAGCAUUGAUUGGACUUCAGUUUCUCUACUUUCUUGUCUUUCCAGAAAGUCGCAGUAUAAAUUACAUUGUUGAGAAAAUCCUCAGAGGACAUUCCCAGUUUGCUCCUGUGACGGACGACGGCAGAGUGAUGCAUCGACAGUUGCUCAGAUGUAAUUCUCAGACGUAGGGAUUCAUUUCAGAGAAAACAUACAGAACAAACAGUGAAAGCAAUCAGUACCACAUUUGGACAGUACAGAUGAGAAAAUGUAAUUAUCAAAAAAGAUGCAGCUAAAAAUUCCUCAGAUCAGUUUAGUUUUUCAGAUGUCAAAGUGUGAUAUCAACGAAGAAAUCUUUGUAGCAUGCAGACGGUUGUUUCUUUUUCUUGAAAACCUAUUGUCAGUGGGCUGUUAAAUUUGUAUUUUUUAAAAUGUAGUAUGUUCUUUUAUUCAAGUAUGGACUUCUCGAGAAACUAUAGGAACACGACUUUUUAAAAAAUUUAUGUUCUGCUUUAAAUAUGAAUUGUAGUUCUGAGCUGUUUUAACGCGGGGUCAUUUUUAUUUACGAGAAAGGAACCGAGAUCGCUUAAGUUCCAAGUUGAAUCUGAGGUUUUCGUGAAGCCUUUCAAGCGGUUGCCGAGCACAUAUUUGAGGAAGAAGCGCAUGCUCCCGACUGCACAGAAGUCCUCUGGGGCGCCCUGGGACAGCCCGGGGUGCCCUCCCGGCGUGUCCACCCCGCCAGGACAGGGGCACAGGAGAGGUUUUCCUUUCCGGUGUCUGAGGGAGCUGUGCAGUCGACUCGUUGCCGAAGUUCCAAUUAAUGUGAGAACCAAACUUGAGUCUUUUUAGUUUUUGGUUUUUUUUUUUUGCUUUGUAACAAUUUCACUUAUACCAAAGUAUUUAAAAGUAUGAAAUGUAUUGCUUCUCAAUCAUAAAUGUACUUCAUGAAAUGACUGUUCUGUAAUAUUUUACUUCAUUUUACUGUGACUUCAAAUUAUCCUAAAUAUUUUCCUAAUACUACAUGGGAAUGCUGAUUUUUCUCCUUUUGUUAUGCAGUAGAAACAUUUUACACUGUUUACAUAGUUCUCAUGGAACAUAGAAUUUUUUAAAGCAACAUACAAUACACAUUUUUUUGUGUAUGUAUUCUAAUUAGUGUGAAUAAAGCAGUAACAUCAGUGCACUUUUUAAGCAGCAAA